AUGGACCUCGCAGCCUGGAUCGCAACAUUCCUCUCCCUGGCCCUCCUCUCCCUCCCACUAAUCUACCACCGCCUCUCCACGAUCUUAAACCCCGACCGACCCCAGCCUCGACGCCGCAGGCAUGAACCCGUCAAAGUCCCGCGACACCUCCUCAUCGUUCUCGGCUCCGGCGGCCACACGGCAGAGAUGAUCGCGAUGCUCCGCCGGGCUGUGAACGAGGAGGAUAGUGAAGUGAGACUGGCAUGGAGAGACUUUCCGAUGAGGACUUGGGUCAUAAGUUCGGGAGAUAGCAUCUCAGCUGAGAGGGUUGGGGAAUUUGAGGGGGAGGUCGCCGAUGCGCAGGGUGGAGAGGGUGUUGGGUUGUGGAAUGUUGAGGUUGUACCGAGGGCAAGGGAAAUUUACCAGCCUCUCUACACCGCGCCGGUGUCGUCCCUUCGAUGUCUGGGGGUUUGCUUGGGGCUAUUGGGGAAGAGGGGUCAUCCGGAUCUCAUGCUAUGCAAUGGGCCUGCGACUGCGACGAUUCUGGUAUUUGCAAGUGUAAUGCUCAGGUUCUUCAAUAUCGGAGGUUGUAUGACGAGGGGCAAAAUGAGGACUAUAUAUGUGGAGAGCUGGGCGAGAGUCAAGAGGUUGAGUUUGAGCGGAUGGUUGCUGUGUAGGGUCGUGGACAGGUUUCUGGUGCAGUGGCCUACACUGGAGGGCAAGGGCAAGGGAAGGGCGGAGUAUGUUGGAGUGCUGGUCUGA